AUGAAGCUAAGUCUCCUUCUCAGCUUGGCCGCUGCCGCAUAUGCCCAGCAGCAGAGCCUAUGCUCUCAAUACUCGAGCUAUACCAGUGGCCCAUACACCGUCAACAACAAUCUAUGGGGUGAGAGCAGUGGCUCUGGCUCCCAAUGCACCUAUGUUAACUCCAUCUCUAGCUCUGGAGUUGCAUGGUCAACUACCUGGAACUGGUCCGGAAGCAACAGCCAGGUCAAGAGCUAUGCGAAUUCGCAGUAUAGCGCUCUGAACAAGAAGCUCGUGAGCCAGCUGAGCAGCAUUCCUACCUCGGUGCAGUGGAGUUAUAGUAAUACCGCUAUCACUGCCGAUGUUUCCUAUGAUCUCUUCACCGCUGCAGAUAUCAACCAUGUCACUUACAGUGGUGACUAUGAGCUCAUGAUCUGGCUUGGAAGAUAUGGUGGUGCCCAGCCCCUUGGCUCACAAAUCGGAACUGCCAAUGUAGCAGGCAUAACCUGGCAGCUGUGGUAUGGUGUUAACGGAUCGCAAAAGACGUACAGCUUCGUGGCGCCCAGCCAAACGACUUCAUGGAGCGGUGAUAUCUUGAACUUCUUUGAUUACCUCGAGGAACACCAGAACUUCCCUGCUAGCAGUCAGUACUUGAUCGAUCUCCAAUUCGGCACUGAACCAUUUACUGGAAGCCAGACAACAUUGACCGUGAACCACUGGUCUGCAUCUGCCAAUUAA